CUGAGGAUCAGAGAGGCUUUCAGUGCCGAGAGUAAAAUGAGCGAGAAGACGGACGUGCCGGGGAGCGUGAAGGGUGCCGAGCUGAGCCGAGCGCCAGAUGAAGCCGCCAAGGCCGAGGAGCGCCCCAAAUGGGACAACAAGGUCCAGUACCUGCUCACCUGCAUUGGAUUUGCGGUGGGUUUGGGGAACGUGUGGCGCUUUCCGUACCUGUGCCAGGUCUAUGGAGGAGGUGCGUUCCUGAUCCCGUACCUCAUAGCUCUGGUGUUUGAAGGCCUGCCGCUGCUUCACAUGGAGCUGGCCAUCGGACAGAGGCUUCGCACAGGCAGCAUCGGCGUGUGGACCUCAAUCUCACCUUAUCUCAGCGGAGUAGGUGUGGCUUCCAUGACGGUGUCUUUCCUAGUGGGUCUGUUCUACAACACUAUCCUGGCCUGGGUUCUGUGGUACUUCUUCCACUCCUUUCAGAACCCACUGCCCUGGCAAAGCUGCCCAGUCAACGCCAACCGCACGGGUCAUGUGGAGGAGUGUCAGAAGAGCACGGCGGUGAAUUAUUUCUGGUACAGAGACACGCUGAACAUCACUCCAAACAUCGAGGUCAGUGGAGACCUGCAGUGGUGGCUGGUGGUGUGUUUGGCCUCAGCUUGGUGUAUCGUCUACAUCUGCUUCAUCCGCGGCAUUGAGACCAUCGGCAAGGCCGUAUACGUCACAGCCACGUUUCCUUAUCUGGUGCUGACCAUCUUCCUGAUCCGAGCUUUGACUCUUCCAGGCGCCACCAUCGGCCUGCGCCACCUCUUCACCCCCAAUUGGGAAACGCUGAAGAACCCGACCGUGUGGCUGGACGCCGCCACUCAGAUCUUCUUCUCCCUGUCUCUGGCUUUCGGGGGACUCAUCGCAUUUUCCAGUUACAACCCACAAAAAAACAACUGCGAGCGAGACGCUCUAAUCGUGGGCUGCAUCAACAGCGCUACGUCAAUCUACGCGUCUAUACCCAUUUUUUCCAUCCUGGGAUUUAAAGCACUGUCCAACUAUAACGACUGCCUAAACGGAAACAUUCAGCUGCUGAUGAACACCUUUAACAUAGCUGACGGGAACAUCACAGAGGAGAACUACGAGAAAUGGCUGCGGCAUCUUAACUCUACUGAUCCAAACCAGGUGGCAGAGCUUGAUCUGAAGACAUGUGAUCUCCAAGCUUUACUGGACCAGAGCGCCUCGGGUACCGGCUUGGCCUUCAUCGUGUUCACGGAGGCGGUGAUAAAAAUGCCCGGGUCGCAGGUUUGGGCCGUCCUCUUCUUCAUCAUGCUCUUCAGCCUGGGCCUCUCCUCGAUGUUUGGAAACAUGGAGGGGGUCCUGACCCCCCUGCUGGACCUCCACCUGGUGCCCAAGUGUAUUCCGAAGGAGAUUUUCACAGGCCUGAUCUGCGUGGUCUCCUUCAUCGUCGCCCUCAUCUUCACUCUGGGCUCAGGGAAUUACUGGCUGGAGAUCUUUAAUAACUACGUGGGCUCCCUGCCUCUGCUGGUCAUCGCCUUCUUCGAGAUUACAGCCGUCAGCUACAUCUAUGGAGCCACGAGGUUCAGCGAUGAUGUCGAGUGGAUGACAGGACGCAGGCCCAACCUCUACUGGCAGGUCACGUGGAGGGUCAUCAGCCCGCUGAUGCUUCUGGUGGUCUUUCUGGCCUAUGUGGUGGUGCAGGCCCAGGAGAAGCCCACCUACGAGGCGUGGAACCCAGACUAUGUGGGCUUCCCGGCCCCUGAAGUGCUGAUGUAUCCAGGCUGGGUCUACGCCAUCUGCAUUCUCCUGGCUGCCGUUCCCUGCUUACUCAUCCCACUCGGAGCGCUGUAUCGGCUCAUUGGGUUCUUGCGGAAAUGCGCGGCGGACAGACGGCCCAACAGCGGUUACGAUAACGAAGGAUACGUGGUGGAAAUCUAGAGAUAUGAACCAAGUUCUGAGUGGACAAUAACUCGCUCUACAGGAAAACCACUGACCUCUACUGGAGACGCAGCAUCUGUACUGAGUUCUGCUAAACCAUGAAGAUGUUUAAUGACGCGGUAUUUAAAGGCGGCCUGUGUGGAUCAUUUCAAUGAAUGAGCUCAAACUGACCUCCCACAGUAAAAAGCCUGUUUAAAAACCUACGGAUCUGUUUAAACCGAGGGCAUUAAUAUGAUAUUAAUAAGCUAAAUAUACACACAAUCAUCAUUUAUAGGGUACUUUCUACUGGGAGUCUGUCCCAAACCCUGAGCCCCUAAAUUUACACUUCUGAAAAUAA